AUGUAAAAUGAGAUCAAUUUAAUAAACAGUCCCUUAUUAAAACAUCAUAGAGAAUAAGAACAAAAAGCUUAAAUGAUAGAGAUGCAAGUCUUUAAGAGUUUGUAUUAGAAUGAUUUUGAUAAGCAUUAGAAAAAAGAUGAAAUUUUAGAAAUUGAAUCCAAUAAAUUAUAAUAGAUUUUGGAAGCAAAAGGUUAAUGGAAAACACUACUAAAAGGAUGGAAGAAAGAUGGAAAUAAAUAAUAGUAAAAUGAUGAUAAUUAUUUUGGAUUUUAAUAUAAUAAAUUAUUAGAAAUCUUUGAUCUGAAUUAAAUAAUUAAAGAAGCUUAAAAAAAUUUAACAAAGUAGGAUCAAGAGAAAGACUUGAAGGAAAAAAGAUUGAAAAUUUAAAUUGAUAAAUUAAAUGAAUUGGGGGGUAUUUAUGGUUUAUAGAACUUUUUAAAAACUUGUAUAAAGUAGGGUUUGGAUGAUACAAAUGAUUAUGAUUUGAAGAUGAGAGAGAAAUAUUUUGGUAAGAAUGAGAAACCUCAAAUAGCAAUAAAAAGUGUACUUCAAAUAAUAAUUGAAUAAUUUUAAAAGGAAAGAUUAUUUUAGUUAUUAUUGAUAAUAACAACAAUUAAUUUAAUAAUAUAUUUUGAUGAUAAUGUAUAGGUUUAUACAUUCUACAUAAUAAUGUUAGUUAUAAUGGUUUUAUAUAAGGGAGUGAUAAAGUAAUAGUAUAAUAAAGAAAUAGUGUAACAUUAAAAUGAUAUUAAAGAAAGGAGCAAACAUUUAAUAAAGCGAUGUAAUGUAUUAAGAAAUGGAGAUGAUUCAAUUUAAAUUCAUAAUAGUAAAUUGGUUGUUGGAGACAUUUUGAUAUUUAAGCAAGGAGAUUUCAUAUAAUGUGAUGGUAUANUCUUAUAUACUAUGUUACUGUUUGGAAACUGA